AUGCAUAUUGGUUUCAUCUCCAUGGAACCCAAUAGUCUCUUCCUCCCUCAAUAUCUUGAUUCUGAUCUUGUGCUCUUUGUUCACCAUGGGGAAGCAAGAGUUGGACACAUCUACAAGGAUGAAUUAGCAGAAAGGAGUUUGAAGCAUGGAGAUGUCUACAUAAUUCCUGCUGGAUCAGCUUUCUAUUUGGAGAAUACAGUUAAAAACCAAAGACUUCACAUAAUUUGCAGCAUUGAUAUUGCCUCGGAAUCCAUGGGAUGGCAUGCUUUCCAGUGGAAAGAACUGAAUCAAGAUUAUGUAAAAUUGCAGGUCUCGACAGCAGAAUUAACCACGUUCUUGACCAGGCAAUCUUCCAGACCAAUUGUGCAUUUAUCUGGUUCUCAUCACACAAACAUUUGGACCAAAUUCGUCGCCCAAGAACCCCACAAGAAAUUAACUCACCUGAAGAGGAUUAUGAAUUUUGGAGAAGAAGCUAGCCCAAAAGAGGAGGAAUCAAAAUGCAUAUGGUCAUUAAGGAAAUUUAUGUUUAAUUUAUUAAACAGAAAAGAUGUUGUCAAGAGAGUGAAUCAUAAAUCUCCAUCAACUUACAAUCUCUACAAUAGGAAGCCUGAUUUCAAGAACAAUUAUGGAUGGAGCAAGAAGUUGGAUGAGUCUGAUUAUUCUCCUCUACAACAAUCUGGCAAUGGCGUUUAUCUUGUAAAUCUAUCUCCGGGAUCCAUGGUGGCACCUCAUGUUAAUCCAACAGCAAUAGAGUAUGGACUCGUGUUGAAAGGGACUGGUGGGAUACAAAUUGUGUAUCCAAAUGGGACUUUAGCCAUGAAUGCGAGAGUAUGAGAAGGGGACGUUUUUUGGGUGCCAAGGUACUUACCUUUCUGCCAAAUUGCUUCAACAAAUGGCCCGUUUGAGUUCUUUGGCUUCACUACCUCAGCAAGAAGGAACCAUCAACAAUUCUUGGUGGGUAAGAACUCACUGAUGCAGAGCUUGAGAGGGCCAAAAUUUGCAGCUGUAUUUGGAAUUGAUUAGAAAAGGCUUAAAAGGAUUACUAAUGCACAACAUGAACAAGUCAUUUUGCCAUCAUCAUCAGCUACUCCUGGUGACAACGUGCAAUUCAUGAAUUUUGAUUAGUUUAGUGGGAAUUCUACUACGUAGUUGGUCUAGUUGAGUUAUGGGCUUAUGGCAUGAAAGCUCGAUGCCAGUUUUGGAUCUUUUUUCUUUUUUUUUUUUUGUUCUAUUCUGU